CGCUAUUACGCUAUACCGGAACUGAAGCAGAAGACUCAGGUGAAAAACACACAGAGUGGUAACAGUUGAAUGUGGACCAGGAAGGAUAUCAUCAUCCACUACAUCGGAUCUCCAAGACGCUGGUGGAGAUGUGUAUUAAAAAGUGGUUUGUGAUUGGCUGACAUUUAUCCCUUUAUUCGCCACAUGUUGAUAUGGAAACACAACUCUAACAGGAAUGAAAAAGAAAAUGGCACAAAGGAUACACUGUAUAAGGAUUGAGCUGUACAUUGGUGCCCGACUGUUGGUUGAUAUGGAAACAUGAGUGCGGGAUGAAGUUCCAACAACGCUUGUUGAUCGUGGCUGGCCUUGGCCUGGUUGCCGUGGUCGGCCUGGUUGUCCUCGGCAACCCACAGCUCAUGGCUAUCCUUGACAACCUGGGUCAGAGCAAUCGUCCCCUCUUCCGGGAAUCACCGUACCAUGGCCGUGUGUUGCGGUCCGUGUCCCCCGAAGUCUGCCAAGGCAUGGGUACAGUUAAACCCACAACCACCAUCACCACGCAGGCAUUGAAAAACCUCACCACCUACGCCAUGAAAAGCAACGGCCAGUAUAUAAUUCCAACAGACACAACAAUAGACUCUAAAGAGCCACUGACAGUUAUCGUGGUGCCGCACAGCCACAACGACCCCGGGUGGCAACGCACUGUGGAGGAGUACUAUGUCGUCUCGACCAAAAAUAUUCUCAACAACAUGGUGGCUAAACUAAGGAUUUACCCGAAUAUGACCUUCGUCUGGGCAGAGACGGUGUUUCUGAGUAUGUGGUGGAAUGAGCUGGACGACGACGUCAAGGCUCAGGUUCGCCGCCUCGUGAGACGCGGCCAGCUAGAGAUCGUCCUCGGUGGCUGGGUGAUGCCAGAUGAGGCCAGCACACAUUACUAUUCAGUCAUUGACCAGCUAAUGGAAGGCCACCAGUGGCUUGAGGAAAAUCUCCAUACCAAACCAGUAAACAGCUGGUCAAUCGACCCGUUCGGACAUUCCGGUACAAUGCCGUAUUUGUGGAAAAGUGCAGGUCUUGAAAACAUGGUUAUUCAGCGCAUACACCAAUCUACAAAGGCCGCCCUAGCGAGGAAUAAAAGUUUAGAAUUUAACUGGCGUCAGGCGUGGGACCCCACCGGGCACACAGACAUCCUGUGUCACACCAUGCCGUAUAUGUUGUACGGCACCAAACAUACCUGUGGUCCCAGCCCCGAUGUCUGUCUGAUGUUCGAUUUCUGGCAGACUGACAGUGACAACCGGCGAUCCUUCUCAAAACCUGUCACUGUAACAAACGUAGAGAUUCUGGCUUCAGCUCUUUAUAGACAGUAUAAAUCUAAGGCCAGUUUGUAUCGGUACAACACCAUUCUUGUUCCACUGGGUGACGAUUUCCGGUAUGACAGAGAAUCGGAGUGGGACCAGCAGUUCCAAAAUUACGAUAUGCUUAUGCAGUACAUGAACUCAAAAGAGGACUGGAAUGUCAAUAUUAAAUUUGGAACACUGUCCGAUUACUUCAACGCUGUGCGGAAAUCUGAAGAAAUAUUUAAACAGAAAAAUUCAAAGGAACGAUUCCCUUCCCUUAGCGGUGAUUUCUUUCCAUAUUCUGAUAAAAAUAAUGCAUAUUGGUCAGGAUAUUAUACAACCCGACCGUUCGAUAAAAAGUUCUCAAGGGAUGUUCAGGCAAAUCUGAGGGCGGCAGAAAUAUUGUAUACACUUACAAUAGCUUAUAUGAAAAAGUGGAAUCUACCGUUUAAAUUUUAUCAUGAGACUGCAACACAUUUACAACAAGCUCGGCGAAACCUGGGUGUGUUUCUUCACCAUGAUGCCAUCACUGGUACAUCCAAGUCUUACGUUGUAGAGGACUUCGAGCGCCUACUAAAUGCAGCAUAUAACAGUACUCAGAAAGUUUUGACGAUUGCGACACAAACACUAUUGACUGAGGGCCGAUUAGAUACACCUCUAAUCAUUAGUCCAACUCUAACAUACAGUGACCAUCGGUCACUCCCUCGUAAACAGGUGAUCGUUGUUGUCGAGUUCGGUAGCAAGGUCAUGCUGUACAAUCCCUCCAUGCAUGAGCGGUCAGAGAUGUGGACAUUACUGGUAAAUACUGAUCACCUUGUUGUUCAUGACUCGGACAACCAAAUUAUACCCCACCAGAUCAACCCUGUCUGGGACACUAAGGUCGCUGUACAUGAACGUGUUUUCGAGAUAGUAUUUCUCAAAAAGUUAUCUCCCUUGUCAAUAGAAACUGUUUUGCUGUAUAAAGAAGACAAAGUAACAAAAGGGAAUUCCUUCCCCGCGGAGAUCACCAUCUAUAAUACAAAACAACUAUCUGUACCACCAUAUACUCGCUUCUAUCAGAACAGGCCUCGUGACUCGAAACAUUUCCAUGGACCUAUAGUAUUGGAAAAUGAUUUUUUACGGGCAGAAUUUAGUCCCAAGGAUGGGAUGCUUAAACAAAUAGAGAAUAAAGCAACUGGAAACAUGACAGAUGUACAACUUGAGUUUCUACAAUACACUUCACAAGGUAGUGGUGCAUACCUUUUCUACCCUACAUCAGAGGGGGCUCAGCCAUCACUGAAGGGCACUCCUGUUGUCAGGGUAACCCGAGGGCCGAUCAUGUCUCAAGUGGAAGUUAUAUACCGUCACAUCCGGCACCUCGUUCAAAUCUACCACCACCCUGGGCCACAAGGCCGAGGUCUUCAUAUAGAGAACCUCAUCAACAUGUACGCACAGGAGCUCCACGAUCGGGAGAUCAUAAUGAGGUUUAACACCAACAUCAAAAAUCCAGAUUUGUCGUACUAUACAGAUGAGAACGGCUUCCAGCUGAUUGGUCGUUCCACAGACACCAAGCUCCGUAUAGAGGCCAACUACUACCCAAUGACAAGUAUGGCGAUACUAGAGGACCAACUUAGUCGUCUAACAUUACACUCGGUCCAACCACACGGUGUGGCUGGGCUUCAACAGGGCCAACUUGAGAUCAUGCUGGAAAGACAGUUACUGUACGACGAUGAGCGGGGCCUCGGGGAGGGCGUGGAAGACAAUAAACUCACACUCAGUAGGUUUGUUUUACAAAUUGAACAUUUUACUGAACCACACUCAGCAAAGCCAGGGGUGACAACCUUCCCCUCUCUGCUGGCAUUAUCUAUAGGGGAGGCCCUACAACAGCCUAUUGUGACUAUGUACACGCAUGUAAACACUGACAUUAUGGCCCGAGUGUUCACACCCUCCCAGGGCCCCCUUCCAUGUGAUAUAACACUAGUUAGUCUUCGAAAUCUUGUUAACGAGGUUCUGGACUACCAAGGCACAAGUUUAGUGAUGCAUCGUCGUGGAUACCUGUGUUCCCUUCCCUCGGAUGGCACAGAGUGUUCUCUGGCUUCUAAUGUGACAAUUAGUUCACUUUUCAAAGAUUUACCUGUGAACGGUGUAAGGGAGACAACUCUUACUCAUAUGUAUGAGAAGAGAACAUGGAGCCCACAUUCCCAACUUGCUAUACCUCCAAUGGAGAUAUCUUCCUAUAAAUUGACCUUGUGACCUUGAUUUGGUACACAACAUUAAUCAAGCCAUUCCAGUUCAUCAAACAAGCAAUAGAUUUUUAUCAAUAUAGAUCAUAAGAAAUAUACAUGAAUUAUCAUAUAGACAAGCGUUUUUAAGUUUUAAGGGCUGAAGGGCCUAGUGAACUAAUCGUGUGAUGCUCCGUCUGUCUGUACGUUCACCUGAAGGGCCAAAUAUAAACUAGUGGUGUGAUGCUCCGUCUGUCUGUACGUUCACCUGAAGGGCCAAAUAUAAACUAGUGGUGUGAUGCUCCGUCUGUCUGUACGUUCACCUGAAGGGCCAAAUAUAAACUAGUGGUGUGAUGCUCCGUCUGUCUGUACGUUCACCUGAAGGGCCAAAUAUAAACUAGUGGUGUGAUGCUCCGUCUGUCUGUACGUUCACCUGAAGGGCCAAAUAUAAACUAGUGGUGUGAUGCUCCGUCAGUUUGUCCAUGUCAUCAGCAUUUCUUCAAAAAAACAACUGAAGGAAUUAUUGCUAAAAGAGGAUGCUAAUUGCAAAGUGAUGGAGGUCAAAGGGGGAAAUAACCUUUUUUUUUAAAUCCUUUCUCCUCGAUAUAGGUAAAUCAUAUUUUAACUGAUACAUAUAGCUAAUUUGGACAGGAGCAUCUUCGGGCCCAGAUGGUACUCUACAUUAAAAAGGGUGGAGUGGUAUGUUUUUGUUGACAUCUUUACAUUAGAAAAUAAGGUGAGUUAUUACGCCUCCCUGGGUCUAUUGAACUAGUUUUGAAAUGCCAAAAUAAAGACUGCAAAUAUUUAGGAAAAGAAUUGGCAUAAUACAUUUCAUGUUUCCUUAUGCAGUUUAUAGACCACACAUGCUUUUCACGUCCCAGUAAUGGUACGUCCCUGGAUUGUAAAUUACUGUUUAUAUACAUAAAGUUCCAGCUCAUUGUUUGGUUGUUAUAAAUAAGCAAUAUUAGUAGAAGAAUAAACAGUAAUUUAAACUGUGCCAUAUUAAAUCGUGUGUUGUUGAGGAAGUGAUUCCCAAUGAUACAGUCUGUACAUAUGUUCUGUUAACUGUGUUAACUUGUUUAAAGCUUCAUCAGUCUCCAUCUAACAUGGAUGUGAUCGUGUUGUUCAAGUUUUGAAAAUUUAAUUUUGAAAAUUACAGUACAACUGUAGAGAAGUUCUGAAUCAUGGAGUUGUGAUCACAAAUGGCCAAUGUUUAUAUACCGACUGUAGAACAGGAAAUGUUCAUGUGUACUUUUUAGGAUUGGAACUUUCAAAUUUUGUCCCUUGUACAAACUUUUUUGGUUAGUCCAUGUAACUAUAUAAUAAAACAUACAACAAUAUUCAUUGUAUUUAUAUUCAUUGUAUCCAUAGCAACCAGGAAAACAAUGGAAGUUUAUACACAAUGUACAUUUCAUGUUUUACAGUGAGUACUAGAUUGGACAUUGAGGUCAAUUCAGACUUCAGACCAUGAGGUGAACUAGUUAGAAAUUAGUGUUCAUCUAUAGUGAAGAUUGUGUAUUAAUUAUUGAACCAUCCAAAUUCCAAGGUAUUUUGUCGAAAUGGAGAGUAAAAUAUGUUCAUGUUCAUUUUGAACCUUGUUGAAUUAAAUUUUACAGGUUUGACAUGUAAAGAUUAAUUCAUCAAUGAAAUAUUUUUGUAAGUAUUUGUAACUGAUGUUUAAAGUUUGGUUGAAGCUUGUAUGAAGUAAAACUAGUAUCAUCUGGGGUUCCUUUUUUUGACAAUUGAAAAAUACCAAUCAUACUGAUCUGGGAACUUGGUUCAGAACACCCUGGCUACUACUCCUGAUUGGAGUUGUCUCCCUUGGUAUGCUUGAGACUAGUAAAAUUUUAUAUUGUCAAAAAGAGAAACCAAAAGUAAAAAGAUGGACAGUUUUCAUGUGCUUAGCUUUGAUAGUAUAGUACAAUAGGCACGCAGCUUACACAGUCUCUGUCCGUAUUUCAUAUAUCUCAAGUGCUCCGUCUGUCUUUAAAGAUCGUGUACGAGUGAAAGUGAUGGAAUUCGAAAAAUUGUUAUAUACCUUAUCUAACAUGUGAUGUAGAUUUUGAUUUGAGACUUAUAUAUAUAUAUUGUAUAUUCAAUUUAUAUAUACAUGCAUGACUGCUGGACAAAUAUAUAUAUUGGAAUAUUUCACAUUUUUUUCAUACCUAACAAUUGAAAUGUCUUCAGUAAGAUACUUUAAAGAAUUUUCAUCAUUAUAUGAGACAGGGAAAAUUAACUCCAUGUCAAAAAAAAAUCAUUUGUCACAGAUUCAAUAAACAUUUAAUCAGUCUAAAUAAAUGGGCUGCACAAGACAUUUUUACUGUAUGAUGUAUCUAGACAUCAGAAUGUGUAUCGCUACCAAGACGGAGAUUUUUGGAAUCAGUAAAUCAUUUGAAAUUCAGAGGUUAUAUCGUCAAUUGUAAAUCUUGUUAUUCAAACUAAAAAAUUUGUUGGAAAUAAAUCAGUUGAUUUUCAGUAGUUUAACCCAGAAUGUAUUUAGAGAAAGUUGUUGAGGAUAACCAUCCUCGUCGUUUAUAACUGACAGUGUUUCUAGUGAUCAUGACAAGCUUGGGUUAUUUUGUUGUAUGCCAGUUGAUGGAGGAUGAAAGAGAAUGCUUUGUACUGUGUGUUUUAUACUUUGCAAUGUGUAAGCCUGUCAGCUCGAGGCUGAAAUUGUGUGGCAGGGAAAAAUUGUUCUAAACAUCGUAAUAUGGUUUUGGGAUAUUAAAAAAGGAAAA